CCAGGAGAUGUCAUUGCAUGUGUGGGUGGUGGAACUAAUAGUUUGGAUAAGGUUUAGUGAGCAGGACUAGAGGCUCUACAGUGAAGAUUGGAAAAAGGUGUUAUGGACAGGCGAAUCUAAGUUUGAGGUGUUUGGAUCACAAAGAAGAACAUUCGUGAGACGCAGAAAAUAUGCUGGAGGAGUGCUUCACGCCAUCUGUCAAUCAUGGUGGAGGCAAUGUGAUGUCUGGGGGUGCUUUGGUGGUGGUAAAGUGUGAGAUUUGUACAGGGUAAAAGGGAUCUUAAAGAAGGAAGGCUGAAACUCCAUUUUGCAACGCUUAAUUGGAGCCAAUUUCCUCCUACAACAGGACAAUGACCCAAAGCACAGCUCCAUACUAUGAAAUAACUAUUUAGAAGCAGUCAGCUGGUACUCUGUCUCUAAUGGAGUGGCCAGCACAGUCACCGGAUCUCAACCCUAUUGAGCUGUUGUGGGAGCAGCUUGACCAUAUGGUACGCAAGAUGUGCCCAUCAAGCCAAUCCAACUUGUGGGAGGUGCUUCAGGAAGCAUGGGGUGAAAUCUCUUCAGAUUACCUCAACAAAUUGACAACUAGAAUGUCAAAGGUCUGCAAGGCUGUAAUUGCGGCAAAUGGAGGAUUCUUUGACGAAAGCUAAGUUUGGACACAAUUAUUAUUUAAAUUAAAAAUCAUUAUUUAUAACCUUUUCAACGACUUGACUAUAUUUCCUAUUCAUUUUGCAACUAAUUUCAUGGAUGCUUUAAUGGAAAACAAGGACCCCAAACUUUUGAAUGGCAAAUCUCUCUGUCCCAGCCUACCAGGACUCUGGCAUAGUGAAUGGAGCAGAAGCCACACGCCACUCCAAACCCUACAUGGUCUCUGUACAAGCAAAGAAGUCACACAUCUGUGGAGGGUUCCUCGUGUCUGAGAGCUUUGUCAUGACAGCUGCCCACUGCUACAAAUGGGCUGUGAAUCUGACGGUUGUGGUUGGUGCUCAUGACAUCACAAGACAGGAAAGUUCUUCUUACAGGAUUGAUGUGAAAUAUUACCACAUACAUCCUGGUUACAAUGCUAAGACAUUGGAGAACGACAUCAUGCUGUUGCAGCUUGUCAAAACGACCCCGAAGAGCAAAGCUGUGCAGCAGAUCCCUCUCCCUAAGAAAGACCAGGACAUCAAGGCCAAAUCCUUCUGUACCGUGGCAGGGUGGGGUGCCACAGAAACAGGGGGCACUGCAAGCCCACGCCUUCUGGAGGUGAAUGUCACCGUUGUAGACAGACGUUCCUGCCAGAGAUCUUGGGGGAACACUGCCACCAUAACUCCGUCUCUGAUAUGUGCCGGUGGUACCGCUGCUGAUUAUAAGGGUAUUUGCCAGGGAGAUUCAGGAGGUCCUCUGGUGUGUAAGGGGACAGCAGUAGGAGUUGUGUCAUUCAACCAGCAAGGAAACUGCAAUGAGCCACAGAAGCCCAAUGUCUACACCAAAAUAUCCAAGUAUCUUUCCUGGAUCAAGUCUAUCAUUAAGUAUUAAGGAAUGAGACAUUAACUGAGUGACAAUUAUAUAUCAUUGUAUCAAACAAUAAAGGAUGUCCGUUCUUCAAUGA